AUGGUAAGAACAGAAUUGCUGCAACCUUCAGCCCAAGAUCUUUAUGAAGUGCCAGGAAGAGCAAGGCAUCCAGACACCCUGAAGAUCUAUAGGCAGAAGAGUCUGCCAGUCUUACUUUCCUUUCCUCUGGGGGUGGGCGGGGGUUUACUGACCACAGUAAGGCUAUUUGCUGGAAAAAUGGAUUUUUUUAAAAUAUUAAUUAAUUUGGCUGCACUGGGGCUUAGUUGUGGCAUGUGGCAUCUAGUUUCCCAACCAGGGAUCGAACUUGGGCCCUCUGCAUUGAAAGCAUGGAGUUUCAGCCACUGGACCACCGGGGAAGUCCCUGCUGAAAUGUUUAAACCAUGGUAA